CGUCGUUAGUCUAGUCCGCUAGUACGAAAGUAAAAACGGUGCGUGUCGAAGAAAACAACUUUCGCGAGAUGUGAUUUUAAGAACGGACGAUAACCACAUCGAUAUUUAAUGGAUUAUUAAUAAUUAUUGUGAAAAUUUUUAAAUUCGUGACAAUGAAGGAAGAUUGUGUGAUAUUUCUCUUUUGCUCAAUCGUAGUUUUAGGCAUUCAAACAUCUACCUCUCUGGUCCUAAGAAGCUACGUCUCCGAGCACGGACUCCAUGGAACAGUCACGUUCACGACCGUUGGUGACGAAAUGGUGAUCAACACUAAUUUGGAACCCACUUUGGAAUUCCCUACCUCAGUAUGGUCUUGGUAUAUUACCGAGUUUCCUGUUGAUUAUACCAAAAUAGACAAUAGAUGUGAUCCAGACAAAAUAGGUAGUAAUCUAGUGACUUUAGAUGAUCUCUUCGGCUACUUAGUGAUUCCCGAUAACCAAACAAGUGAGUUUACCAGUGGCGACCUCACUGUCGGCGGUGAAAAUGGCAUUUAUGGCAAGUCAAUUCUGUUUGAAGAAGUCGAAUCUGGUCGAAAGGUGUGCGGUUCUAUUACAAUCCUGGAUAAAACUCUGGAAAAAACCGCCUUAGCUAGAUUCAACUCUCCCGUAGCAGGAAACAUAUAUUUCCGUUGGUUCUACACCAAAGACAACCAAAGCGAGACGUUGAUUUCCACCGAUCUGUAUCACUCGAGGAAAAAAGAACCUUAUGGAAAAUACGUGGAUUUCACCGAGCAUUCUUGGAAAAUUUACGUGACCGACAUUUUCGACGACACAGACCGUUCGGAGGAAAAUUGCAACAUUUUGCAACUGGUGUUCGAUCCAGCAAACAAAGGAAAAGGGAGGGCGAUCGGCGAUGUGGAUAAGAGAUUGGGCAAAGUGAAAGUAUCCACAAACUACCAUAAAAAGAAAUUUAAGAAACUUUAUCAAGAUAAGGAGCUCAUGCUAUUGCCAAGUGACUUAAAUGGACCCCAAAGGAGACUUUAUGUGGUUCUAUUCGAGAGGAAGCAUGAAGACGUUUUUUUGGCUUGUGCCAAGAUCCGGUACGAUCAUCCGGUGUAUUCCAGGGUAAUAAUCCAAUCGGGGGGCAUAAAAGGUGACGUCAAACUGAGCCAGCUGAACAGAUUCAAUCCAACUUUCCUGAAUUUCAAUUUGACCACGGCCCGCGGCGAUUUGGAAACUAGGAUCGUUUUUGGAUCUACUGCUGCAGGUUUUAAGAUCCAUGAACUGCCAAUAAAACCAGCCAAAACCGUCAACGGCCAAAACGAAAACGCUUGUUUGACCACCAAGUACGUAUUCAAUCCUCGGAAGAUCGAUGUGGGCGCAGUUCCACCAAAUGGUUAUGGUACCCAAGACCAAUAUCCAAUUGGAGAUCUCUCCGGGAAACUCCUCGAUAGGAACAACGGGUCCAAAGUGGUGCCGGGCAGCCAAGAGUUGAACGGUGCUUACUGGGACGUGUUUCUUCCUCUGCAAGGGGUUCACUCGGUCGUUCACAGAUCUUUAGUCAUUUACAAAAACACUCAAUAUCCCACUUCUGAUAUUGUGGCGGAGCCUUGGAUAUGCGGCUCGGUAAACUUAUACGAGGAUAACUUUGAGUAUCAAAAGCAACUUUUUACGGCACAAGUUGUUUUUAGGUACCCCACGGUCGGUCGACUGAUAAUGCGACAAGUUAAAGACGAACCGUGGACUGAUACGGCGGUGAUGAUCGAGUAUUUGGUGCAUGCCGACGGUGCUCAAUUAAAUAAUUCGGCCGAGCAUCGGUGGGCCAUCCACGAAGCCCCACCUGGAAAAGAUUUUUACGAUUGGCAAAAUAGAUGUAUUAGCGCUGGAAAUGUUUAUAAUCCUUAUAAGAUCGAUUACGAUAACACCUCCAACAUAGAACAGUGCAACUUGGACUCCAUAGGACUCUGUAGAGUGGGAGAUCUCUCAAAACGUCAAGGCACCCUGAAAAUCUCUGGCAAAAUCGUGGAUAGCGACAGGGUGUCCCGUAGGAUCUGGACCGACCCUUUGCUACCCUUAAGCGGUCCGCACAGUAUCGUGGGCAAAGGAUUCGUUUUGUACGAUGACCACGGACCCAAAGCUAGAGGUGAAAGGUUGGCUUGUUCGCGGGUGGGGGGUGUGUAUCGUAGGAAAGCGGUGGCGAAGGACUGGUUUCCGAACUCGGGCAAUGUCCAGUUGCCUGUCAAGGGCAAAAUCGAGUUUAUCCAGCAAACCGAAUAUGAUAUAACGAACGUUGAGGUCAGCUUCGAGGGUCUGAAUAGGCAAGCCAAAGGAUAUCACGUGCAUAUUACUCCCGUGGAAGAAAACCUGGAAUUCCCGUGUGAAGCGACAACACUGUACGGUCACUGGAACCCGUUAAACGUGGAUCCCAGCUCAUCGCCCACGAGAUACCAUGGGACCCCCGACCAAUACGAGAUGGGCGAUUUGAGCGGGAAGUUUGGCAACCUCGAAAACGCCACCAUCUAUAAAACCCAUUACAACGACACCAUGUUGCCACUGUUUGGGCCCAGGAGCAUUUUGGCACGCUCUAUUGUUAUACACAAAAGGAUAGAUAAUGAGAGAUGGGCUUGUUCCACUAUUGAGAGAGGCUACAGUCCCUCUGAGGCCCGGGAGAUUCGGGCUAUAGCCUCGUUUCAUCAUCCGUUAGGGUAUGCUUAUGGAUAUAUGAAAAUGCGUCAACUGAUCUACAACGAUGGCAGCUCCAGUGACACAACCAUAGAGGUUAAGCUACGGCAUCCUGGCAAAAAUGACAGGAACAUCACCAGAAACCAUAACUGGGCGAUCUACGUGAACCCGGUAGGCGUAGACGCGUCAGUGAAGACUCAGGCAACGCGAUGCGUCGCUGGCGGAUACGUCUGGAACCCGUUCUACACCCAAUUGGCUGAUCCCCUUAACGACGAACUUUAUCGGCAGGAAUGCGGUCCAGAAAAUCCCCUUCGGUGUUACGUGGGGGAUUUAUCGGCCCGUUUGGGCACUAUCGACAUCGGACUGCAGAGGAAAGUCUUUGUCGACUCGAAUUUUCCAUUGGAGGGCGAAGUGACCGCUUUGGGGAGGUCCAUAGUGAUUUUAAGUCCCGAGGGUAAAGGUGAACGAUACGCUUGCGCUAAUAUCGAGCCGGAUUACGAUAUUAUUAAGUAUGCUAAUAUUGAGAAGGGACCCAGAUUUGUUGUAGCUCAAUUUAUCGAGGACGUCCGAGAAGUGAUGGGAAUCCCCGAUUGGUUCCUCACAGUAGACUCCAGAAGAACCAAGAAUUUAUACACCAACGCAUGCGUACAAUUGCUGCUACACUUUAAAGGUCCAAUAGCGAGCCAAUUGGAGCAGGACUUCAACCGGUUGCUUACUAUAGGCAGAUUGGACAGCCCUUCCCUGUAUAUACCCGGAUACGUUAAGGAGAAACGGAAAUCGAAAAUCGCUUAUAAGCUGUGCGGCGAUAUGGAUCCAAAUGAGAAAUUAUCUCGAAGGACCACUUUUCUGUUCCAGACGUCAGGAUCCAGCUCAUAUUGGACCCAGCUGUCUAUUUUUGUAUUUUGUAUAAAUUAUUUUGUAUGAUAUGUAAACAUGUUAUUUAUAUGUAAAUAAUGUAAUUUAUUAAACGAAAUGUUUGCCUUUA